GGCGCUGAUUGCUGGCAACGAGAGGUUGGAGGUGUUGGGUGUGUGGGGCAACAGCGGGGAGGAGGCGUCGGGGGCGCUAGGCGGCAGCAGCAGCAGCAGUACCGGAGGCAGCGGCAGCGGCAUUCUGCAGCUCUCGACCCGUGGGUCAGUGCUGCACGGCAUCAACGCGGAGGAACUCAAUGCGGAGCUGCUGCGUCGCGCCAAUGCGAGUGGGCGGCUGCUGCUGGCGGGCGUUACGUCGCCGGGACACGUCAGUGCGGUGACCAACACCCAGUCGAGGGACAGGGUGGUGUCCCUGCUGCUCCCCCUGGCCAGCCGGCGUGAGGAGGCGCGGCAGCAGGCGGCGGCGCUGCUGGCGGCGGCGGACCCGCUGCUGCGCCGCGCCUACGCGCACGUGCACAACUGCAAGUGUGAUGUGGCGGGGGCGGUGCAGGCGCUGGUGCGGGGCUGAUGGUGAGGCGGGGUUGAUGGUGAGGCGGGGUUGAUGGUGAGGAAGCGGGGAAGCGCUCGUACGUACUGCGUCCCAUGUGGAUGGAGUUUCCUCGCUUGGCUAUUAAUGGAGGUUACCGGUGUCGGGGGUUGCUGGGGGGUGUAGCCGCUAACACGGGUGUGAUGGAGUGCCCUUUUGGGACAAUGGCGGCAUCGCUCGGGGGGCCGGGUUGUACGAGUAAGGUUGGCUUACUUGGAACGGCUGCUGGGUCGCCUUGCAUGGCUGGCCGUGAUGCGGUAUGGCGGGCUACCUCUGAAGUCACCAACUAGGGUUGUUAAGUAAGGAGAGACGUUACGUUGGCAAGCUGGUGGCCGCGUGUGUUCGCAUCGGUGUGCUUUCCCGGAGGCGCUUGAGCUCUACCUGCGGCUGGCGUGUUCCCUCCCACGUCCUCGUGUACCGUGGCCAUAGUGUUGGAAGGGGGGAAGCUCGGUUUGGAGGGGAGAUCACAAGCGAAGGAGGCCUCGCGCUGGUUGUUAGGCUAAGGAAGCUGUGAGGCUAACGAGGCCUAACGAGGAAGGGGCCUGAGUUUCCCAUUCGCGGGGGUCGUUACCCAGUGGAUGUGCAGUGGGUGCUCCAAUGAAUGGGUGAUCAGCUUAGGCUACGGAACGGGCAAACCCUUUGCUGUCGAAACGACAUCCAGUUAGCGAAGAGUGCUGGAAAGGUGGUGUGGCUUGCGGUUGGAAACACCGAAACCUCUGCAUGCCAAAGGUCUUCGGGGGUAGGGCCUCGGGAAGGGUAUAGGGUACACGGUACAUGUAUGUACCGUAUGUUGGGGUCUAAGUGAGCUACGGCAGCCAUCCCGCUUGCAGCCCCCAUACAAUGAGAGUCAGACACAAUGAACAAGAUCAGGGUUGGGCCCUUGGGUCGGGAGGUCCCCAGCUGGGCGGCGGAUAACGGUUUCCUAUGCGCAUGUACCCUUGCCUUAGGGUGUGGGCCUGAAGCGAUCGAUGUUGCAGGGUUUCCCGGAAGCGGUUGUGACCCACGGGUCGGGAAGACGGUGGUAAUAAGGGCUGCGCCUAGACCCAC